AGUGAGGGCAAAUGGGAUGCCUGGUAAGCCAUACGAGAGAAAGGUCCCACGAAGCCAGCAGGCAGGCCACCACCCAGCAGGGCCACAAGCAGGCCCUUGGUGGCAUCAGAGAGCCGGCAGCGCUGGUUCGAGGGUAGGCUGGGUGGAGUGGAGGGUGGCGAUGGCUGGGUGAAGUCGGGCAGGUUGAAGUAGGGGUGACUACCAGCCUGUCAGGGAGAAAGGAGCUUGGGCAUGAGGGCAUCCACAGCCUGGGGGACCUGGGGCAGGGGCACUGCCAGGCUGGGGUCUGGGACCCUGUGGGACAGUAGGGGGUAGGCUCUCUUGCUGAGGAACUCUUGCAAGCUAGAAAGGGCCUGAAAGAUGAAGUGGUACAAUGUGGGCCUUGAGGCUCUGAAGCAGAAAGCAGGGAGUGAAGUCUUGGAGCAUUGGGUUUCUCUGGGUAAGCUGUUCCUGAGGGGAGAAAAAGAGGACCCAAGGAUCCUCUGUUGGUUUGAGGAAGGGGAGGUGGCCUCAGAUGCUGUGUCUGUGUGAUGUCACAGGUUCCAGGGACAUGUGAGUACACCAUUAUAGAUUUCAUUUGUGGGUGUCUCUAGAACAACUGGGAUGUUUCAGGGAAACAAGGGCAGCAGCCAAGAGCAACAGGGAGAAGGAAGAGGCCCAACAGAAGGGACUUGCUGAUCCACACGCCCCUCCGCUCCAUGGUGGCUGUGCUGUCAGACUGGCGCCAUGCCCCCCCCUGCAGAGGUGACGGACCCGUCCCAUGCUCCCGCUGUCCUGCGCCAACUCAAUGAGCAGCGGCUCCGUGGCCUCUUCUGUGACGUCACCCUCAUAGCUGGAGACACCAAGUUCCCUGCUCACCGCAGCGUCCUGGCUGCUUCUAGUCCCUUCUUCAGAGAGGCCCUGCUUGCUUCGGCCCCACUGCCCCUCCCACCAGUUACUGGGGACUUGGCCCCCAACCCUGCCACCACUACAGCUGCCACCUCCUCCUCCUCAUCUUCCUCCUCCUCUCCCCCUCCAGCCUCACCCCCUACUUCAUCCCCACCCCGGGUCCUGGAGCUGCCAGGGGUCCCAGCAGCUGCCUUCUCUGAUGUCCUCAACUUCAUCUAUAGUGCCAGGCUUGCACUACCUGGUGGGGGAGGGGACGGGGCAGCUGUGGCAGAGAUUGGAGCUCUGGGAAGACGUCUGGGCAUCUCCCGCCUGCAGGGCCUAGGGGAGGGAGGUGAUGCCUGGGUACCUCCUGCCCCAACCCCUAUGGCCACCUUGCAGCCUGAAGAGGACAGCUUCGGGCCUGGGGCUAGGCCCACUGGGGAGUGGGAGGGUGAUGGGGCUGAGGGCCAGGCCCUUGACUCACAGUCCCCCCUGUCCCGGAGGCUCCUCCCCUGCCCCCGAUGUGGGAAAAGUUUCAUUCAUCCCAAAAGGCUGCAGACCCAUGAGGCUCAGUGCCGACGGGGGGCCAGCACUCGGGGGUCUACGGGGUUGGGAGCCGGGAGCUCUGGCCCCGGGGGUCCUGGCCCCGGGGGUCCUGCAGGAGUGGAUGCCUCGGCCCUGCCCCCACCAGUGGGCUUCCGAGGUGGCCCUGAGCACGUGGUGAAGGUGGUGGGCGGACACGUGCUGUAUGUGUGUGCGGCCUGUGAGCGCUCCUACGUGACCCUGUCCAGCCUGAAGAGGCACAGCAACGUGCACUCCUGGCGGAGGAAGUACCCCUGCCGCUACUGUGAGAAGGUGUUCGCCCUGGCUGAGUACCGCACCAAGCAUGAGGUGUGGCACACUGGGGAGCGCAGGUACCAAUGCAUCUUCUGUUGGGAGACCUUUGUCACUUAUUACAACCUGAAGACCCACCAGCGAGCCUUCCAUGGCAUUAGCCCGGGCCUCCUAGCCAGUGAGAAGACACCCAACGGAGGGUACAAGCCCAAGCUCAAUACCCUCAAGCUGUACCGUCUGCUCCCCAUGCGGGCAGCCAAGCGGCCCUACAAGACCUACAGCCAGGGAGCCCCCGAGCCCUCCCUUUCUCCAGGCCUUGACACAGCAGCCCCUGCAGCAAUCCCAGCCAGCCCACCACCUGGGCCCCCACCCGCCCCAGAGCCAGGGCCCCCACCCUCUGUUAUCACCUUUGCCCACCCAGCCCCCUCUGUCAUUGUCCAUGGGGGCAGCAGCAGUGGUGGAGCAGCUAGUGGGCCAGCCAGCACAGGGGGGGCCCAGGCUGCCUCAGUCAUCACUUACACAGCUCCCCCAAGGCCCCCCAAGAAACGUGAGUACCCACCUCCUCCCCCUGAGCCUGCACCCACACCAACCAGCCCAGCCGCAGCAGUCAGCCCAGCCACCGCAGCAGGGCCAGCAGCAGCCACAGAGGAGGCCAAGGGCCAGAAUCCACGGGCCGGGAGGACUCUGACCUACACAGCCAAGCCAGCUGGCGGGAUCGGCGGGGGCGGAGGUCCCACCGCAGGGCCUGGCCGGGGCGCCUCACAGCUCCAGGGUCCCCCUCCGCUGUGUCAGAUCACUGUGCGCAUCGGUGAGGAGGCCAUCGUCAAGCGCCGUAUCUCAGAAACCGACCUGCGUCCUGGGGAGCUGAGCGGAGAGGAUGGGGAGGAGAGUGAAGAGGAGGAUGAAGACGAGGAAGAGGAUGAGGAGGAGGAGGAUGAAGACGAGGAGGAGUCAAAGGCUGGUGGGGAGGACGAGCUCUGGAGGCCCUACUACUCAUACAAGCCUAAGCGCAAAGCUGGAGCUGCUGGUGGCAGCAGCAGCAGUGGGGGCAAUGGCAUGCCCAGAGGCCGGCGGCCGCUGCGCUGGAGACAGAAGCUGGAACGGAGGAGCUGGGAGGAGACCCCAGCAGCUGAGGGCCCAGCAGGGCGUGCCCGCAGUGAGCGGAGGCACCGCUGUGGGGACUGUGCCCAGACAUUCGCCACCCUGAGGAAGCUGCGAAAGCACCAGGAGGCCCACAGUGGCAGCUCCCACAGCUCCCGGGCAGGACGGAAGCCUUCCAGCCGCUUCACCUGCCCACACUGCGCCAAGGUGUGUAAGACGGCAGCUGCCCUGAGCCGCCACGUGCAGAGGCAUGCUGCUGAGCGGCCUGGGGGCACCCCCACACCUGUCAUUGCCUACUCCAAGGGCAGCGCCUGCACCAGACCCGGGGAUGUCAAGGAGGAGGCCCCUCAAGAGAUGCAAGUCUCCUCAUCCAGCGGGGAGGCAGGUGGCGGGAGUGCUGCUGCAGAGGAAGCUUCUGAGACCGCCUCCCUUCAGGACCCUGUCAUCUCAGGGGGUGAGGAGCCCCCAGUGGUGGCAGGAGGGGGCAGCUAUACCUACCCGCCUGUGCAGGAAUUUCCACUGGCUCUGAUUGGGAGUGGCCGGGAACCUGGCAGUGGCAGGGGAAAACCUGGGAGUGAGGUGCCAGUGGGGGCUGGGGAGGGGGACAGGAUGGAGGGGAUGGGGGCUGCCAAAGUCACCUUCUACCCUGAGCCCUACCCGCUUGUCUAUGGCCCCCAGCUCCUGGCUGCCUACCCUUACAACUUCAGCAACCUGGCCGCUCUCCCAGUCGCUCUCAACAUGGUCCUACCUGAUGAGAAGGGUGGUGGGGCCCUUCCCUUCCUACCAGGGGUCUUUGGCUAUGCAGUGAAUCCCCAAGCAGCACCUCCUACUCCCCCACCCCCAGCUCCCCCAACUCUUCCUCCCCAAGUCCCCCCUAAGGGAGAAGGGGAGAGGGCAGGGAUUGAGAGAGCCCAGAAGGGAGAUGUGGGGUGAGCUCUGGGCCAGUUCCCCCCUUUCACCAGAUGCUACCCUCCCUGAACCCCACCACUACUACUAGCGCCCUGGCCUCCCUGCCCCUUGGGAGCCCCUCCACACUCUUGUGCAGGGACUUGGGGGCCCCUGGAGCUCAGGGGUCAGGCUGCUUUGUGUGAGAUUGUAGUUUCCCAUCUCCUGGGAAGGGAUCUUUGAUGGUUCCCCUCUCAAUUCUCCUCCAGGGAAUGGCCUCCUUGAGGGGCAGGGGCAGCCCCUGUCCCUUCUCCAGCCCUAGGGGCAACUGAGCAAUAUACUUAUAUGAAUCUCUAGUCACGGCCCCCAUCAGCUCUGAAUGUCUAACCCUGCGCCCCCUGAUUUGUAAACGAAGGGGGAAAUCAUCUCUCUCACCCAAUGAUCCCACCUGGUUCUGAAGCUUUCUCUUCCCCUACGGCCCUUCCCCAGAUGCUUCCCAGCACAUUCCAGUCUUCUGUUUCUUCUUCCCACUCCCCACCCUCCCCAGGUGAGAGGGUGGUGACGCCCAAGACCUGGACCAGACCAUUGUGAUACCUGAACCCCACCCACUGGGGGGCAUGGCUUUGGAUUCCAUUUUUCCCAGGAUGGGUUUCUAUGUCCCCGUUUUUUUCAUGUUUAGAUGCCAUGCCUUCCUUGGCAUCCAUGCCUUUGGAUCUUCCAUACUCCUGGACUUUGGAGAUAGGCUCUCCCAAUCCAGGUCAAGGAGGUACUGUGGUUGCAGGGAGGGCUAGAUCCCUCUGUUCCACAGCUGAGCUCCUUCCCAUCCCAGGGCAGCACCAAUCUUGGCCCUAUCUUGACCCUCAAAUCCAGUGAGCUCCAGAUUCUUCCAAGGCAAAAGAGGUGAGUAUAUCCCACCUCUUUCUGCCUCUAGAUACGGCCUCUUCUGGGCUAAACCAGAUUUGGGGGCCAGGAGGGAGAAGCUCCAUAUGGAAUGAGGAAGGGAAUCUACUUGCUCCCUGUUUUUCCUGAUGGUUUCUCCCAGACUAGACCAAAUAGCCAGAAAAGUGAUGGGGGUUGGAUGGGUGGGUGAGCCCAAGAUUUGCACAUGACCUCCCAUCCUUACCUUUACCCUCAGCUUCUCCCAUGUCACUCCCCUCAUCAGUCACUCCAGAUGGUUUGUGGGGAGGUACCCUACUCCCCUGGUGGGCUUUGGGGUACCCCCACCAACUUUCCCUCCAGAAUAGCACCUUACACCCAAUCCUUAACUCAGUUCCCCACACCCAAAGAUCCCAGCCUAGGGAUGGGGUACAGGGACCCUAAAUAGUCCCUAAUCCCUAAUUUGCACUAGUUAACUCUGGUCAGGGGUCCCUGUAUUUCCUUCCAGUGGGGGAGAUGAAGAAAUGUUUGUUCCUAAUUCUCUGAAAACUGGGCCUCCAUCAUCAGUGAUUGGAUGAACACUUCCACCCCACUCCAAAAAAAAAAAAAAAAACAGCCCAAAAGGGGAGAGCCAGUUCAGUUUUGGGGAGCAAAUUUGACAAAUGGGAAUUAGAGGAGUGCAGUUUAAAAAGGGAAAAUGUUGUAUCGUCAAAAUGCAGCCUUUUUCCCAGCUACUGUUUUCUGGGGGCCAAGAUGGCUGCCCUCUGAGCAUCUGCUCAAAGGGCAAGAUCAAGGCUUCUGGAGGGAGGUGAGUUUAGGGGAGGGACAGGAGCAUCCUCCUGCCUCCUCUUGCCCUCACAGCAUAUAGGAAGGGGGAGAAGGCUUUCAACAGGCUCCCUGAAUGUUAACCAUGGAGGAGUGUCGCUCCUUCAUUCCCCCUGCUGUCUCUUUGCACUUUUCUUGGUCUUGGCCACAGCCUGAGUGAAGAGUUUCCUACUGAAUGUACCAAGUUCCAAUUUUUAAGGGGGGAAAAAAGUUUCAAACAGGGGACAAUGCAAAAAAAAAAAAAAAAAAUCACUAAAAAAGUCCCACAAAUCUUGUUCUGGCACUUUAGAAAAACUGCGAAAAAAUACAUAAUAAAGAGUACAUAUAUAUAUCUACACACAAAUUUAUCUAUCUAUCUAUCUAUAUAUAUAUAUACAGCGGAACCACAAGAGAGACUGAGGAGGGCCUGGAAGCAGGGGGCAAAUGUGAUGACAGUCCCCCUACAUCCUUAGCCUGCACUCCUCUGAGGCAAAAAGGCACAGGAGACAGAAGGGGUUGAGGAUGAACUGGGGAAUUUGAAUUUCAGAAUAGGUCAAAAUUCCAAAACCAUGGAUAUUUUGGGAGAACUGAGAUUGUAGACAUUAUUAUUAUUUUUUUUUUAACUAUGAUUUAGGAAAAUUGUUUCCAACAUUUGGUGGUUCAGGGCAACAAAUGAGGUUGUGGCAAGGUGGAGAUUAAAAUAUAUGUAUUUGAGCUGGGGACCUGGGGUAGUGUGAAUUUUAGAUGUUGGAAAUUUGGGAUUUUGCAAUUUUGUCUUUUGAAAGCUAUCAAGUCUUGUUAGUUUGUACUCUCCCCAUGUUCUCUGGGAAGACGGGUGAUGGCGGAGUGGGAAGGCCACUGGUUCUGUGCCACAGUACGCAAGAUUUAAAUUCUACAGACUCUAGCUCUAUACGUAGCGAGGACCCAGAUAUAGAGAAACUGACUGAUAUUUAUCUCCGCGUUUGUGUGUGUGUCCAACUCUCUAGGCCAAUAAACCAACAAGACAAAUGAA